AUGACUGUAAGGGAACUGAUAUUAAUAUGUAUAUUGUACUUUGCGAUAACACAUGGGACAACUGAUACAAAAUGUGGCAUGUAUGUGACCAUAGGUUUAAUGGAUGUGAGACGCCAGUACCAGGAAAAGAAUACUAAACCCCUACUAACCGCAUAUCCUGACUUCUUCUACCCCACAUCUUCAGCAUCCUACGGAGUGUCCGGGAAGGAACAGCUGAGUCCCCACUUCGACCAGCAAGAGAGAGUCAACGUGGAAGGAACGAGAGCCGUCUUAAGUGCGGCGCUGGCUACGGGGGUGCGGGCCCUGGUCUAUACCUCCACCUACAACGUGGUGUUCGGAGGGGAAGAAGUGCGGGCGGGUGAUGAAAGCACGCCCAUAUUUCCUCUUCACGCCCAUGCAGACCAUUAUUCCAGGACCAAAGCCAUCGCCGAGAUGUUGGUCCUGAUGGCGAACGGGCGAGUGGCGCCGCCGGGGGUCCUCGCCCGCCCUCGACGGCCCCUCCGCUCCCCCGGCCGCGCCCCUCAGGACCUGCUCGCUGAGGCUCAACGGCGUCAUGGGCCUGGGGGAGAGGCGCCACUCCAGGAGGGUCAUCGAAGCCUUCAGGUAAG